AUGAACUGGAUCAUUCCUGACAAGUUCUUGGCAUUUGCAGGGCCUAGCCCGACUUCUACAGAUGCCGAUGGGUUUCCUGCGUUUACUCCAGAGGACUAUGUGCCAAUCUUCCGCGACGCGGGAAUAGGCCUUGUAGUGCGGUUGAACAAGAAACAGUACGAUCGGCGGCGAUUUGCAGACCAUGGCUUGAAGCAUGUUGAUCUCUACUUUUUGGACGGCAGCUGUCCAGAUAAGGAGAUCAUCUCCAAAUUCCUUCUCAUUGUCGAGAAUGAGCCCAGUGCAGUCGCUGUCCACUGCAAGGCAGGCUUGGGACGCACAGGAUCAUUGAUUGGCCUUUAUGCUAUGAAGCACUACCAAUUUCCUGCCCGAGCCUGGAUUGGGUGGAACAGGAUAUGCCGUCCAGGUAGUAUCUUGGGCCCCCCAGCAACAGUUCCUCUGUGA